AUGGAGGUGGAUGACUCCCCCCCAGGCGGAGCCCGUCCGGGGACUCCGCUCCUGGGUGAAAACUCUGAACCCCCCUCAGGACCUACCACCCCGACCCCCCUACCCCGGAACUCCCUGAAGAGAAGGGCCUUAUUCUCCCCACAGAAGACUCCCACUGCAGCUCCGGUCCCUGUAUCCCAUUUGCCGCAAGCCCCAUCGAUCUGCGAGCAGGUCAGCAUGGUAGCAGACGACCAGCUAGUCCUUCUUAAUGAUUGGAAACUAGCAAUGACCUCUCUUGCUAAAGCUCUAGAUCUAACUGUCUCCUCUCUACAGGGCCGCCCAAGAGACCUGGCCCGGGGGCUUGCAGCCAGAUUUGUUUCCCUAGCAAAACAGGACUCCCCUCAGCAGAUUCCUCUGAUGACAGCAGCUGCACCCCCACAGCCAUCCAGGCAGAUGGAACAGCCAAACCAACCUCCCACUCCUGAAGCUUGCGAAGGCCCCCUGAAGAGGCGAACCUCGCAGCCUACAACCUGGGCAUCCCUGACAGCCCCAAGAGCUGGUCAGGGGAACUGGCAAACUAUUGCCCCAGAACACCGUACGCAAGCCAAGCAACCAGCACAACGAAAGCUGAAGCAGCCAAACAAGACUGACCACCGCAUCUUCCUCCGCCUCCCGGCCUCCUCUAGCCUCCGGGCUAUUGGACCACAUGGCAUCCGGGUCACCCUUGCAGGGAAAGUUCCGGACGGGAUUGCACAGGUGCAAGUGAUAUCAACAGGAUACGCAAUCACUACAACUGAACAAGGCAAGGUCUUCUUACUGUCAGAGAAGGCUGCAAGCCUAGCUGGGGAUGGAUACUUUGAAAUACCAACAGAGUAUCACCAGGUUAUUGUCCCCCGGAUCCCGAAACAACUCUGGUCCCUGGAUGGAUGGAUAGAUACUACAAUUACAGAUAUCAGCAAUGAAGCAGAGCGCAUUACUGGUAUUAAACCACUCAUGGCCAAACUCUCAAAGCACCCAGUAGAGAGGGACUCUAUCACAGCAGUCAUAGCCUUUCCAAAAAGGCUACAACACCCCUUGCAACUCUUUGGCCUGUCCGGCCUAUCAAGGCCCACCCGCCCCAAGCAAAGGCCUUUGCAAUGCACCCGAUGCCACCGCUUCCAUGAUACACGAGCCUGCCGCUCCAGCGAACGCUGUAUCUCCUGCGGAUCCUCAAAACAGGAACACAACUGCCGAAGGGGGGGCGCUGCACAUGACCUGCUACUCUCCUUUGAAGCAGAUAUCAUUCUUGUCCAAGAACCUUGGACAAAUACAGCAAAGCACCUAACCAAGACCCACCCACGAUAUCAGCUGUUCAGUCCCCCGACCCGAUGGACUGCCAGACCCAGGACUCUAACAUAUGUACGAAGGGAUCUCCCAGCCCAUUCCCUCCCGGAACCAAUCUCACCAGACAUCACCACAAUCUACACGGCAGGCCUUACUAUCAUCAAUGUCUACCGCCCCCCUAAUGACCCAGUUGCCCCUGCUGGUGCUGGCUCAACACCCUCUACACUUUCCACACUCCUAGGAUAUGCACCCCCAGAGAACACCAUCCUAGCAGGAGACUUCAAUACCCGGCACCCAUUCUGGCAGCCAGAUACUGAGUCUCAUGCUGUCACACCUGGCGCAACAGGAUUAUUAGACUGGCUUGAUGCCCAUGAGCUGGAACUUCGCCUCGAGCCAGGCACCCCCACCCGUGGACCAAACACCCUAGACCUUGUCUUCUCUAACCUACCACUAAGGGCCCUAGUAGAAGACCAUCUAAAGACUCCAAGUGACCAUGCAACAAUUGGAAUAAUACUGGAACAAGAAGAGCCCCCGCCUAUAUACAAGCUUGGAUCCACCAACUGGGAGAAAGCCAGAGCCCUGGCAAGCCCGCCUGACCCAACCCUACCAAUUGACCUACUAGCCAAACAACUGGUCCAGACAUCCCAGCUUGCAAUACAAGGCGCAUCAAGAUACAAUACUCGCAGACUCCCCAGGACCCCAUGGUGGACUCCAGAACUAACAGACAUACUACACCAAACAAGACAGCAACAAAACCCCGACUAUAAACAGCUCCGGAAGGCCAUUGUACGGGCAAAGGCUGAAUACUGGAAGCAGCGAAUUGAACAAGCCACAGCACCUAUAGAUGCAUUCAAACUUGCUAAAUGGAUACAACAUCCAGACCAGCUCGCUGCUCCUCCCCUGAAUAUACAAGGGGCACAGGUUACUACUCCACAGGGCAAGGCAGACGCCUUCCUUAAUCACCUCUUAGAGAAGGGGGCCCUGCUUCCAAAUCAGACAGAAGAGGGACCCCCAAACAAGCCCCUGGGCUCACUACACCUGCCAACAAAAGAGCACUGCUGGGCUGCUCUCUGUGCCCCACCCCCGUCUGCCCCCGGGGAGGACGGACUUGCCACCACUGCUUGGAGGGAGCUCUGGCCCGUACUAGGGGAUACAAUCACACAACUGUACUACAGGUGUAUGGAGGAAGGCUGCUUUCCACUGAGCCUGAAGUCAGCAAAGGUAAUAAUGUUACCGAAACCAGGAAAGAGGGGCUAUACCCAACUCAAUGCCUGGCGGCCAAUUAGCCUCCUCUCUACCCUAGGUAAAGGCCUAGAGCGCCUCCUAGCACAGCAGAUAGCUGUAAGAGCAAUUCAGGCAGAUGUGCUAGCCCCCUGCCACUUCGGGGCCCUGCCAGGACGCUCUGCCAUUGACCUGGUCCAGGUUCUUGUUCACAGGGUAGAGGAGGCCUUUCAACAGGGAAAAGAUGCUUCACUACUCCUACUAGAUGUGAAAGGGGCAUUUGACGCUGUAAUACACCAACGGCUCCUUUCUCACUUACGCCUGCAAGGAUGGCAUAAAGGCUUACUCCAGCUACUUAAGGACUGGCUUACUGGCCGCUCUGUAUCUGUUCAUAUCAAAGAAGGCACUGCCACAGCACCAAUUAAAGGCGGACUCCCCCAGGGAUCCCCCCUAUCCCCAAUACUCUUCCUGCUAUAUGCGGCAAGAAUAGUCUCUACCUUAGAGGGCUCCUUCUGCUAUGCAGAUGAUAUGGGCAUAUUAUUAACUGGGAAUACCCUGGAAGAGAGCUCACAACAACUGGUAGAGGCCUACAAGCAAAUUACUGCUCUAGGGACAGAGACAGGCCUCCCUUUCUCAAUAGAGAAAACAGAGAUACAACACUUCUCUAGAAAGCAGCAGCAGCAUCUCCCCACAGUUACUCUACCUGGUAUAGGGGAGAUUACACCAUCCCUAUAUACACGGUGGUUAGGAGUUCUUCUGGAUACAAAGCUUACUUUUAAAGCCCACAUUAAUUUGGUCUUUAGCCGCGGGAAACGACUCGCCCAGCACCUAAAGAGACUUAGCAAUACCCAGCGCGGCUGCCCAGUGGCCUCCAUGCGGGCAGCAGUUAUACAGUGUGUUCUUCCAACAGCUCUGUACGGGGCAGAAGUCUUCUAUACAGGCAAACGACAAAAAGGGGUAGUUAACUCCCUGCUUUCUCUCUUCCGCACAGCAGCCCUGGCUAUUAUCCCAGCCUACAAGACCACCCCUACUGCAGCACUCCUCCGCGAAGCAGACCUACCAGACCCAGAAGCUCUACUCAACAGCAUCCUCCGGAGGGCAGCAGUGAGAUACAUGAGCCUUGAUACUAAACACCCAAUUGCCCAAAUAGCCGCAGAGACUACCGCGGGCAGGCCCAAAACCAGGCUUAAAAGGAUCCUACAGCUCCUCCUCAGCCCCCUGCCAGAGCGCGCUAUAAUAGAGCUGCCUCUCCCUCCAUUAUGCAUGCUCCCAACAGACAACAAAGGCUACAGCCCUGCCCCUUUACAGAUUUCAGUGUACUCAGAUGGCUCACGGACCAGCCAGGGGGCAGGGUAUGGCUAUGCAAUCUACUUUGGCCCUAUCCUCGUGUCCAAGGGACAUGGUCCCGCGGGCCCCAGGACAGAAGUCUAUGAUGCAGAAAUCAUGGGUGCUGUGGAAGGCCUACGCGCAGCCCUGGGACAACCAUGCGUUGGCUACUCCACCCAGCUAGUUAUCCUCCUAGAUAACCUAGCUGCAGCCUCCCUGCUAGCAAGCUAUAGGCCAACCCCUCACAGACAUGGUCUGUCAGAGACCUUUAGCCAACUAGCCGCCCAGUGGAUGGAAAGCCCUUCAAUCCUAACCAUGCAACGGAAGCCCCUUCAGGUCCGCUGGAUUCCAGGCCACUCUGGAAUUGCUGGGAAUGAGCUGGCAGACAAGCUCGCUAAGCUAGGGUCUUCUAUAUACAGCCCCGACAUCCCCCCCUCCCCAGCAUACCUACGACGGGAGGCAAAACAGUGGCUCCGUACAGAGACAUAUACAGCAUAUGCUAAUAAGGCGCCUGAAACCUACAAAGCCCUGAAUAUCAGACCCCAUACAAAAGAAAGCCGCUCCCGCGAGCACAAGCUGCCCCGGUGGGUACUUGGCCGACUCGUCGCCGCUCGUACAGGCCACGGAGACUUUACGGCAUACCACCAGCGUUUUGACCACACAGACUACCUGGAGAGCUGCACCUGCGGCAAGGCAAAGACCCCAGUACACUUCUUCUUUUGCCCAUAUACCAGAAAACGCUGGAAGGAUAGAUGGAGAUGUAUAAAGGAUGGCCCGUCAAAAACAAUAGACUGGCUCUUAAGUACAGCUGCCGGGGCUGAGGAAUUCAGCCGCAUCGUGCAAGAAUCAUCCUUUUUCAAGGACAUAUGCCCGAACUGGGCCCGCCGGAGCGCUUGA